AUGAGCAGAUGCCUAUUCCUCGAACUGUUACCAGCAGAACUCCGAGUUGAGAUUUACGAGCUCGCUCUACGAUUGGAUCCGCCGGUUAUUGUCAUUGAUUUCAGACCACCCCAAAACGAAACACAACCCAACAAUCCCAAAAUCCCCUCCGCCCUCCUCCAAACCUCCCAACAAAUCCACGCCGAAACCUGCCCAAUCCUCUACAACAUCAACAGUGUCCACAUCCACGCCCCAAUCUUCACCCCUCGCCCCUCCGACGAGCACCCCUCCGACCGCAGCCUCAUAAUCUCCCGCCUCCAGCGUAUCGCCACCCAACAACUCCGGACGCACCAUCUCUCGCACGCGAAACUCUUCCUCGGCAGGAUGUAUUCGGUCGGGCGGAUCCGCUGGAUGGACUUCUUCACGCGGUGGAUUGCGGUUCUGCCGGCUAUCAGGGCGCUGAGGGAGGGCGUGGAGGGGAGUGUGGAGGUGGAGUUUGAGAGUUUGUUGGGGAAGGGGGGAAGGGUGUGCGUUGGGUUUGAUGUUAAGACGAGGGAGGGCGUGGAGAGGGGGUUGAUGGGGGAGGGAGGGGAGGUGGAGAUGAGUGAGUUGGAGCGGGAGAGGUUGGGGAGGAUUCGGAGGACGGUUGUGAAGACUUUGUUUGAGGGGGAUGGUGAUGGGGAGGCGGCUUGA